CUUAAAUCCUAAAAGUGUCCUAAAAUCCUAGAAAUGUCCUAAAAUCUCAAAAUUGUCCUUAAAUCAGAGAAAUGUCUCAAAUCCUACAAAAGUGCCUAAAUCCAGGAAAUGUCCUCAAACCUACAAAUGUGCUUAAAUCCUAGAAAUGCCCUAAAAUCCCUGAAAUGUCCUGAAAAUUGAGCAAAGCCUUAAAAUCUGAGAACUGUCCUAAAAUCCUGAAAUCUCGAGUGCUGUUUCAGCGGCAGAUUCUGUGACUGAGAUUUCUGCGAUCAGCUGAUUCAUCGGUGGUAAAAACGUGUGAGUGGACCUCAGUGUGUCUUUUGUCCGUUCAGAGACGUGAGAACAUCGAUUAAAAACUGUUUCUCCCCAGAUCUCAGUUUUCUUUGAGGAUCCUGAAAGCUGCUCCCAAACAGAGCUGGAGCUGAAACUCUGGGACUCCCCGUGUGUCAAUACCUGCGUGUGUGUUCAGCGGCGGUCCGGAGGGUCGUUGACCCCGAACACCAGCAGACCUCAGAGGAUCAGACCGGCUCCGCACCCAGACCUCCUCGCCGAGACUAUCCCGACAAACGGCCGCAGAGGAGCCGAGAAAACUUCAAUUCAGCCUCCGAAUCUGAGCCGACGAUUCUUUGGCGUCAGAGCCGGCCGCUGUCGUUGACCUCCCGCUGAGUCUCCAGGCGUUUCCAGGCAGGGACACAGAGCGGCAUGGCGGCGGGCCUGCAGGUGGUGGGUCUGCUCCUGGGCGUGGUGUCCUGGUGUCUCCAGUCCAGCUGCACGUCCUCUCAGGUGUGGAAGGUGCGGAGUCAGGCGGAGUCGGUGAGCAGCAGUCAGUGGCAGUUUGAGGGUCUGUGGACGAGCUGCGCCGCCACGUCGCUCGGCGCCACGCAGUGCAGCCGCUUCAAGACGGUGCUGGGACUGCCGGCUCACCUGCAGGCCUGCAGGGCUCUGAUGGUCUUGUCCCUGCUGGUCAGUCUCGCCUCCAUCAUCGUCUCCGUUCUGGGACUCAGGUGCAUCAAGAUCGGCAGAGCCUCGGAGUCCGCCAAAGACCAGAUGGCGCUGACCGGAGGGGUCCUGUUCCUCCUGUCCGGUGUCCUCACGCUGAUCGCAGUGUCCUGGUACGCCGCCAGAGUCAUCCACGACUUCUACGACCCGCUGUACGGAGGAGUCAGGUUCGAGCUGGGUACUGGUCUGUACCUGGGCUGGGCGGCGUCCUGUCUGGCCGUCCUGGGAGGGUCUUUGCUGUGCUGCUCCUACAGGAGGACGUCCCCCGUCCCCCCGGCACGGUACACUGCACCACACACACACCUGCAGUACCGGCUUUGUCCACAGGGGCGCCACCGGUCUGCGUGAUUUCAGGACGUUUCCAGGAUUUAAGAACAAUGUUUAGAUUUUGGGAUGUUUCCAGGAUUUUAGGACAUAAUGAGGAUUUCAGGGCCAUUCAAUGAUUUUAGGACAAUUCCAUGAUUUUAAGACAAAUAAAGGAUUUAAAAACUAUGUUA